GGUGGAAGGAGCAAGGGUUCCUCCCUGGCGAAGGUGCAAAGCACUGGGCUAGGCCCACCUGCCCACCCGGCUCAGCCAUGGUGCUGCCCGUCACCAGCAGCAACAUGGAGCUGCGGCAGGACAACGGCCUCUGCGUGCACAACGACGUGGGCAGCUGCCGGCUGACGUACGAGGAGUCCCGGAGCCGCCGGAAAUCCAUCCCCCCGGCGCAGAUGCCUACGGCCAAGCACAUGCUGGCCUACCUGCCCCGGCCCCCGACCGACACCAGCCGCUACGGCACCUUCCCGCAGAAGCCUGAAGUGAUGGUCAUUCCCACGGGGCUGUCGGAAGAAACCCAGCUGCUGCCGGAGCCCACCGCCACCAGGAGAAGUGCCCUGUCGUCCCACUUCCUGCCCCUGCCCUGCAGCCCCAAGGACCGCUCCGUUGCACAAAGGAGGCUCAGCACGAUGGAGCCGAUGGGCACAGAGGCGGCUGCGCCCGCCAAGCACCGCCCCAGCGUCUCCAUCAACACGGAGGACCUGCCCAGGUACCGGCGGGCAUCCCGCAAUGAGCCGCAGCCCCCGCUCCGGGACAUCAACACCCGGUGGUACCCCCGGCAUGCCCUCAGCGCGCCCAACAUCCCCAACACGACACGCAGCAAAACACCCACCCGCAGCAUCGUCUCCAUCCCCACUUCAGACAAGUCCCAGAGCCGGCGCUGCAAGCUCAUCGAUGACGACCGCCAGUUCAGCUUGUCCAACAAGCAGCAGCGGCAGCGCUACGUGACCAAGGUGGGCAAGUGCCAGGUGAACCUGGGCCGCAUCCAGGAGAAGAAGAGGUUCCUGUCGGACAUCUUCACCACCAUCGUGGACCUCAAGUACCGCUGGUUCCUCUUCGUCUUCAUGAUGUGCUACAUCAUCACCUGGCUGGUCUUCGGCAUCAUCUAUUUCUUUGACGUCUGGGUCAGAGACGACGUCAACCACAUAGGAGACCCCGAGUGGAAGGCUUGCAUCGAGAACGUGGACAGUUUCCUCUCUGCCUUACUUUUCUCUGUGGAAAGUCAGAGGACCAUCGGCUACGGCUCCCGGAUGGUGACAGCCAAUUGUGCCGAGGGGGUCAUUCUGCUGAUGAUCCAGUCCAUCAUCGGGUCCAUGAUCGACGCCCUCAUGGUGGGCUGCAUGUUUGUCAAGAUCUCCCGGCCCAAGAAGCGUGCCCAGACCUUAAUCUUCAGCAAGCAGUGCGUCAUCUCCCAUCGGGACGAGAAGCUCUGCCUCAUGUUCCGCAUCGGGGACCUCCGGGACAGCCACAUGGUGGACGCCAAGAUCCGGGCCAAGCUGAUCAAGUCCAGGCAGACCAAGGAAGGGGAGUUCAUCCCGCUGGAGCAGUCGGAGCUGAACCUGGGCUACGACACGGGUGAGGACAGGCUCUUCCUGGUCGAGCCGCAGAUCAUCUGCCACAUCAUCAAUGACCACAGCCCCUUCUGGGACAUGUCAGCCGAGUCGCUCAAGAGGGAACAGUUUGAAAUCAUCGUGAUCCUCGAGGGCAUUGUGGAAGCCACGGGGAUGACGUGUCAAGCCCGGACCUCGUACGUGGAGGACGAGAUCCUCUGGGGAUACCGAUUUGAGCCCUGCAUGUCCCUGGAGAAAGGGGCUUUCCGUGUUGACUACAGCCGCUUCGAGAAGACCUUUGAGGUGCAGACCCCGGUGGUCAGUGCCAAGGAGAUGUAUGAAAUGAGGGAGAUGGAGCACCAGGACCGCUCCACCCUGAGCCUCUACUGGGACCACAUGUUGCAGCCCUGUGUUUCCACCGAGCUCAUCGAGGACCUGCCAGGGGAGGGGCCCAGCGAGGAUGUCCUGGCCAGGCUCAACAUCCCCAACAUCAUGGAAGAGAGGAGCUCCGAGCUGCAAGCCCAGGACAUCGGUGUCUAAGCUGCACCCCAACAUGGCACGGCAGGAGGGGCCCCAGCAGGAAGGAGCCUGCUGCUUGCAUCCCCCUGAGCGUGGGGGUGGGCCAGGGAAGGCAGGCUGCUGCCCAGCCAUAGGGGUGCCCCAAACCCUUCGCCCAGAGGCUGCUCACUCUGGGCUGGAGAGGUCCUUGUGCGUGGCAUGGGCAGCAGGCCGUGGGGAGCCAGUGGAGUGGGAGCCUUGGGUCUCUGAAAGGUUGGUUCAUGGCAUUUCUCAGUCACUGACUUGCAGUGGAGGAAACUCCCUGGCGCCCGGGAGGGUAAUGCCAUGCCCUCUGGCCUCUGCUGCCCAUGCAAAAUGCCCUGGGCUCCCAGCUCUGAGGCUGGUGCAAUGCCAGGGCUAUUGCAGCUCGAGGUGCCCCAGGGAAGGCUGCAGCCAGGGGAACUGCGCUCCACAGCUGCUAGUUCGCAGAAUCCACCUCUGUCCCUUUUGGACGUUUCACCCUCGGUUCAGGCCAUGCCCUUUGCAUACUGCGGAUGCCUGGCGCUGGUACCCCUGGCCCCGGCCCGGGCACUCCUGUGGAAGUGUCUCGUGCUGACAGUGCCAUAUGGAACUCACUCUCUCUGUGUCAGGUGCCCCUGGCCCUGCCCCUGUAGUCGGUCCUGCCCCUGUCCUCCGUCACCCCCAGCUCCCACACGCAGCCCCUCUCGCAGUCCCGGCUGCAACUCAGAUGAAUUAUUUUUGCAAUGUUCUGCUUUUGUAAUAAGGACACCAGGAAACCAAGCCUCCUACGAGCCAGCAGGUGAUUAAAGCCCCUUAA